AUGGACGUGGACGUGGACGUGGACGUGGACGUGGACGUGGACAUGGACGUGGACGUAGACGUGGACGUGGACAUGGACGUGGACGUAGACGUAGACGUGGACGUGGACGUGGACAUGGACGUGGACGUGGACGUGGACGUGGACGUGGAGGACGUGGACGUGGACGUGGAUGUGGACGUGGACGUGGACGUGGAGAACUUGGACGUGGACAUGGACGUGAACGUGGACGUGGACGUGGACGUGGAGGACUUGGACGUGGACAUGGACGUGGACGUGGAAUGGACGUGGACGUGGACGUGGACUGGACGUGGAGUGGACGUGGACGUGGACAUAGACGUGGACGUGGACGUGGACGUGGACGUGGACGUGGAGGACGUGGACGUGGACGUGGACGUGGACGUGGACGUGGAGGACGUGGACGUGGACAUGGACGUGGACGUGGAGAACUUGGACGUGGACAUGGACGUGAACGUGGACGUGGACGUGGACGUGGAGGACUUGGACGUGGACGUGGACGUGGACGUGGACAUGGACGUGGACGUGGACGUGGACGUGGACGUGGACAUGGACGUGGACGUGGACGUGGACGUGGACGUGGACAUGGACCUGGACAUGGACGUGGACGUGGACGUGGACGUGGACAUGGACGUGGACGUGGACAUGGUCGUGGACGUGGACGUGGACGUGGACGUGGACGUGGACAUGGACGUGGACGUGAACAAGACGUGGACGUGA